AUGGAUCGUUUGAAGCAGAAGAGAUCAUCGGCACGAGCUCAGAAUACCAAGAUAAUCAACGAGGCGACAGCUAUUUUGGAAAGCGACAGCGUAGAUACAGCGACCAUCAUCGCAUUGAAGGAGCGGCUGACAUCCAGCAAUGAAAAGCUGAAGAAGAUAUCGGACGAAAUGGAAGAUCACAUUCCAACAGAGGAGCUCGCGUCUGCAUACGCCGCAGCAGCAGACUACGAAAAUCAAGCAGUAGCGACACUUGCACGUCUACAGUGCCGAAUCGAGGACAUCAACAACGCGCAGAGAGCCGUCGACGCUGGAAAUUCAGCAAGUACCGUCCAUGCUCCUACGAAUGUCGGCAAUGCACAUAUCGGACCCCGCCUACCUCGACUGGAGAUCAAGCCGUUUAACGGAAACAUACGGGAGUGGACGGCCUUCUGGGAGCAGUUCGAAGUUGACAACAUUGUUCUCAACAAAACCAUGGCCAACUCUACGUCUGUGUUUGGACCAAUUCGAGGCUUGGGGCAAAGAACAGGGCCGUACAUCACAGAAGAUGAAUGGGCCUCUGCUUUCAUCAAACACACCAACAACACCUACGAUGGCGACGACGCCAUUCUGUAUAAAGAGGCACUACUCGACGUUCUCGUGGAACUGUUCGAGUCUGUGGACGCGGGAGUGAUGAACCGAGAAUCGGUGAAGACUGCCACGUCAAUGGUGCAAAAACUUCGCGAGGCCUUCCGGACGGCUUUUAGCACGUCAAGUUGGGUCACAGGCGUUGUGCGUGAAGUUGCAAUCAAGAAGCUCGACAAUAUGCAGCACUACGUGGGAAGCCCUGGCCAACGACUGGACCCUGCCAAGAUUGAUAAUUAUUACGAUGCAGUGCCGGACGUGGACACGAAGAGGUUUUUCAAAGCAUAUAGAGGAGCACUACAAGCUUCAACCCAUCGAUCGUGGACAGACCAGAAGAAUUGGAUCUUCGAUGAAACGACUGUGAACGCCUACUAUACAAUUGGUCACGAGAUAAUGCAUGGUUACGAUGUCGGUGGGAGCAUGUACGACGAGAAGAGCAUGCAGCGAGAAUGGGGAACGCCAGAGUUCAUGAAGAAGUAUACAGAGAGGACACUCUGCUUGCGGGAGUCACACAGAGCUGCCGAGGCAAAGAAAGCCCGGCAAGGUGUCCUAAACGACACCGUCGAUUCGGAGAACUUGGCCGACUUCGUGGGCACCGCACUUGCUCACGCGGCCUUCGCUUCCUUACCCUCUGCCGAGCGAAAUGUGGCGCUUCCGGGCCUCAACCUGACGGCCGAGCAUCUCUUCUUCAUUGGCAGCUGCGCUAAGUUGUGCGCGAGGCAGAAUGUGAAUUCAGAACGCUACGCCGCAAGCCGCUUCCGCUGCAACGUGCCACUCAUGAACAUGGCCGAGUUUUCAAGCGCGUUCGGAUGUGCGCCAGAAAGGCCGAUGAACCCGUCUAAGAAUACCACCUGUCCCUAUGGCUACGACACCUGUACCGGUGACUACGACUUCUGUACCGGUGACUACGACGCGUCUUCCGGUUACUACGACGCCUGUGCGGGUGACUACGACGCGUGUUCCGGUUAUUACAACACGUGUUCCGGUUACUACGACACGAGCACCGGUGACUACGACGCCUGUACCGGUGACUACUACGACAGUUCUGGUGACUACGACGCCUGUACCGGUGACUACGACGAUAGUUCCGGUGACUGUUUCACCACCUGCUGGAGACAACGCCAGCGUUUGCACGACCGAACAAUGCCACUUCUUGUCCCAAUGGCUCCGCCAGAAGCUUGA